GUCCGAACGUAUGUUAGUUCAGAGCCAAGGCUGUGCUUAGUGCAAAAGAAAUAAAAGCUACCAAGUCGCAGGCCACAAUAUCGAUUUGUCUAUAUAUGUGUGUGUGUGAAAAAUAACAGUACAAGAAUACACCUACACUAACACACACUUACACAAAAAUACACCUACUCAUAGAAAGGCACGUAGCAGUUAGCUUACGACAACAACAACAAUAACGAGGAGUAACGGCAGCAGCAGCAGCAGCAGCACUUAAAGGCAUCCGCAAAAGAAACAACCACAAAACCUCAAGACAGACACAAAAUGGCUGGCGGUGGUGAUCCCAAAUGGCAAAAAGAUGCUGCCGAUCAGAACUUUGAUUACAUGUUCAAACUCCUCAUCAUUGGCAAUUCCAGUGUGGGCAAGACAAGUUUUCUCUUUCGCUAUGCUGAUGAUAGCUUCACAUCGGCCUUUGUGUCCACAGUGGGCAUUGAUUUCAAGGUGAAGACUGUCUUUCGUCAUGAUAAGCGAGUGAAGCUUCAGAUUUGGGAUACAGCUGGACAGGAGCGAUACCGCACCAUAACCACAGCCUACUACCGCGGUGCCAUGGGUUUCAUUUUAAUGUAUGAUGUCACCAACGAGGAUAGCUUCAAUUCAGUACAGGAUUGGGUCACACAAAUAAAAACCUAUUCAUGGGAUAACGCUCAGGUCAUUUUGGUGGGAAACAAAUGCGAUAUGGAAGAUCAACGAGUCAUAAGCUUUGAGCGAGGACGUCAAUUGGCCGAUCAAUUGGGCGUGGAAUUCUUUGAGACAUCGGCCAAGGAGAAUGUGAAUGUUAAGGCUGUUUUUGAGCGUUUGGUGGAUAUUAUAUGCGAUAAGAUGUCCGAAAGUCUUGAUGCUGAUCCAACGUUAGUGGGCGGCGGUCAGAAGGGUCAACGUUUGACCGAUCAGCCGCAGGGUACGCCCAAUGCCAAUUGUAAUUGUUAAAGUGCGGUUAUUGGGACUGGUCGUAACUUAACUUAUCAAAGAUGAUACAACACACAAACACAAAUUUGAACUUAGCUGAAAGUAGUCACCAGAACAACAGCAACCAACAGCAUUAAACAAUUUCUUUUAAAUCAAAUAACACACACAGACACAUGUAUAAUCCAUGCAUAUAUAUGUACUUUUAUUGCGUUCAAUCGCCUCAGUGUAAAUGUCAAAUGAUAAAUCUUGAACUUGUAACUCAAACAGCAAAGAGAAAUUUCUUGUUAAAUAUGGCGGAAACAAAACAAAUGUUAUUAACAAAUUUUCCAUAAAUCAUUCUCGCUAAACUUGGCACUUAUUAAAUGUGCACAAUUUUUGUGCUAACUUUUGUUUUGAAAAUUCUACUUA